CGUCCCCCCUCGGCGCUGUCUCAAAAUUACCAUGAACUCCGCCGUAGACGAUCUCUUCCCCCGACCCGCGAAACAGUACUAUAUAAUCUUCCGAGUCUAAACAUCGAUUCGAAGUUUGGAGCCAAAAAUGGCCGCGGCAACAUUCGCGAGAAGAAUAGGUACGGCUAUUAAGGAAACAGCAAUCGGAAACCGGACAUCCGGCGGAUGGUACGAUCCUCACAUGGCGGCCGCUUCUCGUGCCGUCGCCGAACGAAUUCCACUGGUUGAUUUUGUUCUUGAGGUCAGAGAUGCUAGGAUUCCAGUGUCAUCUGAAUAUGAAAUCAUGAAAAAUCAUUCACCAUCCUCGAAACGAAUCAUUGUAAUGAACAAGGUGGACCUGGCGGAUCGGUCACAGACAGAGGUUUGGACAAAGUAUUUUGAAGAUCACAAUUGCGUUUCUUAUGGCGUUAAUGCCCAUAAUAAGGAUAACAUUAGGGAGUUUCUGAACUUUCUACAAGCUAGAGUGAGAGAACUGAAGAAGAGUGGUCAUUCUAGUCAUGCCACAACAAUGAUGCUGGUUGGAAUUCCAAAUGUUGGUAAGUCGGCCCUUGCCAACUCUCUGCACCAAAUUGGGAGAAUUAGUGCUGCAGAAAAAGGGAAGUUGAAGCAUGCUGUGGUGAGUCCAGAGCCUGGUGAAACAAAAAAUAUCAGCAGCUUGAAGAUAGCUAGUCAUCCCAAUAUUUAUGUGUUGGACACCCCAGGCAUUUUGCCUCCCAAGAUUCUCAAUAUCGAGGUCUGUUCCAAGCUUGCUUUAACAGGAGCUAUUAGAGACAUCUUAGUUGGGGAAAGAGUAAUUGUACAGUACCUUUUAACUAUUCUCAACUCAAGUGAUAAAUAUAAGAAGUGGGCAAGUUUGUCUGCCACCAACUGUGACAGCUCGUUGGAGUGUUCAACUUGCUCAAAUUCAGAGAGUCAGAAAAGGGGGUACCCCUCUGAUCACACGCAGGACUUUAUUGUAAACGAUGUUCGUAGGAUUCUCUUCGAAACUAUAUCAUCUUUUGAUGGUAAAACGGAGGAUGAAAAGGACAUGGGAAACUUUAUUGAGGUACAAUUGCUUGCUCUGCACAAAGCUUUGCACGUUCCUAUGGAUUCUAGCAAUGAUGCUUCUACCAAGGUUGCUUCUAAACUUUUGAAUCUUUAUCGUACCGGGAGGCUUGGUCGUUACACACUUGAUUCUGUACCUGUUAAUUCCUAGUUUACAAAACCUUGUAAGAUUAUGCUGCUUGAUAUAGUUUCUUUUCAGCCUCCACAUUCAUUACAUUACACAAUCGGCGGCACAUUCUCUGUACAUAAAAUUGGUAAAAAGAUGGAACGGACAGGUAAAAAACACUAAAAAACUUUUCUUGUCAUGGAAGUUUCGAGGAAACGUCCUGAAAUUCCAUCAACUUUUUUUUUUUU